GCUCAUUCUUUCAUCUCUAAUCUUUUCCUUUCAACCAAAUACCUCAAAAACCUUUUUAGUUUUCACCUUUUUUUCUCCAAAAACCUUUAAAAAAAAUUACUACUGAAAUGUCGACGGCAGCAUCAGUUCGCCGGCUAAAGGACCGUGGCGGCGCCGGAGCCAAAAUCAACCCGCCGCCAUCCACCACCGCCGCUAGACCUUCCAAAUCACUAACCCCACUUUCCAACAAAUCGGCUGCCGUUAUUUCCAGCGGCGGCGAGAGUCUCAGGAGGUCCGCCGGAAAAGAAAAUCCGAGACCCACAUCGCGUGUUCGAGCAGCAACGGCGUCGUCCAAUCAAAAACCGGCACUUCGUGCCAUGCCGAGAAUCGAUAAGGCGGCAUCGGGGACGGAAACAGCAGCUGACGGCGGAGAGGCACGUGCCGAACCACGUGCGAGGUGGUCAACGUCUGUGCCUAGAGGUAGGAGUUCUAGUCCAUCUGAGUUUUCUAAAACCUUGUCGGAUAUUCGGAAAACAUCUAGGGUUUCGGGGAAUUCUCGAGGUGUGAAUGAGAAAUUGAGUGAAAAUGGGAAUAGGGUUUUGAAGGAAAUGGAGAAAAGUCGUGAACUUUUGGGGAAAUUUGAUGUAAAAUCUGAGAAAAUCAACAUAUCUGAAGGAAAAACUUCUAAAUUUUUUGAUAGAGAAGAGCUUAUUUCAAGCUCAAUUUCAGUUAAAUCAAGUCUGGUUAAUUCGAAUGUGAAAAAUCCUACUUUAGAGGAAGUAAAGUUGAAAUCUUUGGUUGAGUCUAAUGUGAAAGAACCAAGAUUGCUGACCAAAUCGAAUAGCUUUUCUGGAGUGUCGAAAGAGAAAAGUGAAAAUGAACAAGGGAAGGUUGGUUCGAGUGUGAAUAAGUACCCAAGUAAGCUGCACGAGAAGCUUGCAUUCUUGGAAGGGAAAGUGAAGAGGAUUGCAACUGAUAUUAAGAGGACUAAGGAGAUGUUGGAUAUGAAUAAUCCUGAUUCUUCAAAGUUGAUAAUUUCAGAUAUUCAAGAGAAGAUAUCAGGGAUUGAGAAGGCGAUGGGUAAUGUAGUUGAUGGUGAUGGGAAACUAGGUUUGGCGAGUAGCAGUAAAAAUGAGAGUGUGAAUGCUGAUAAGAAGAUAUCUGGUGUUGAGAAGGUGAUGUGUAAUAUAGUUGAUGGGGAUAAAGAAAUUGGUUUGGUGAGUAGCAUUAGAAACGAGGACAUGGAUAUUAAUGAGAAGAAGGAAGCAAAACCCGAGGAUAAUGGGAAAAUCUCUGUGAAGGGAAUAAAUGUAGAGGAAUUAGAGGCGAGGUUGUUCCCUCAUCAUAAAUUGUUAAGAGACAGGACAUCUUUGAAGACAUUAAUGGGCUGUACCAAAAACAAGGAACUUGAAUCUGCUGAUUCAACUAUUGAAGUGAAGUCUGAGAAGAAAUCUGUUAGUCUUAUUGAUGAGAAUCCUAUUGCUGUGGAGUUCUUGGCUUCUCUUAGUAAGGAGCAAUCUAAAGUUACUACUAGGUGUGAGAAUGCUUGUUUACAGACUUCUAAUGUUCAAGAUGUGGAUGAUGCAGUAAGUACAGAAAACCAAAACUCUUCUUCAAAACUGUUCAAAGGAAAAGAAAGCGUCGACCAUCUCCUGGCAAGUGAUGAGAGACUUGAAAGUUUUGAUGCUCAAGAGAGUAAACAAGAAAUGCUCAUGGAGGAAGAGACAGAAGAUAGUUCUAUAUGUGAGCUCAAUGAGAUUGGCCGUAAGACAUCUACAGGAGGGUGGUUUGUCUCUGAGGGAGAAUCUGUUCUCCUUACACAUGACGACAGUUCUUGCUCCUUCUAUGAUAUUGUGCAUUGUGAGGAGAAAGCUGAGUACAAACCUCCUGUUGGAGUCUCAUCAAAUAUGUGGAGAGAUUGUUGGAUAAUUCGUGCUCCUGGUGUAGAUGGUUCCUCAGGGAGAUAUGUAGUGGCAGCAUCUGCAGGAAAUUCCAUGGAUUCAGGGUUUUGUUCCUGGGACUUCUACACGAAAGAUGUACGAGCCUUUCAUGUUGAUGAUGGAUUUAGUAAUACAAGAGCAGCCCUUGCUCCAUUACCCAAUAAUCCAAUGUAUAGGAGAAAUACUCUAUCCUCAAUUAUGGCGCCUCAAAAUCAGCAAUGGUGGUACAAACCUUGUGGACCGCUCAUCGUAUCAGGUGCUAGUUGCCAAAGAAUGGUCAGAACUUAUGAUAUCCGUGAUGGAGAGCAGGUCCUGAAAUGGGAUUUACAGAGACCAAUGUUGUCUAUGGAUUACUCUAGUCCUUUGCAAUGGAGAAGCAGAGGAAAAGUAGUUAUAGCUGAGACAGAGGGUCUUUCUUUAUGGGAUGUCAAUUCCAUAAGUCCUCAAGCACUGCUUUCUGUAUCAUCCUCUGGUCGGCAAAUUUCUGCGCUACAUGUAAAUAACACAGAUGCUGAGCUGGGUGGAGGAGUUCGACAGAGGGCUAGUUCCUCUGAAGUAGAAGGAAAUGAUGGUGUGUUUUGCACCUCUGAUUCCAUCAACGUUUUAGAUUUCCGUCACCCUUCUGGUAUAGGCUUAAAAAUACCCAAGGUUGGUGCAAAUGUUCAGUCAGUUUUCGCCCGUGGUGAUUCCUUAUAUCUUGGCUGCACUAUCGUGAAAUCCGCAGUGAAAAGGCAGGUGUCUUCUCAAAUCCAGCAGUUCUCAUUGCGCAAGCAGAAGCUUUGCAACACCUAUGUAUUGCCAGAAUCAAAUGCUCACUCCCAUUACAUGGCUUUAACACAAGUUUGGGGAAACUCAAACCUUGUUAUGGGAGUUUGUGGAUUGGGAUUAUUUGUUUUCGACACAAAUAAGGACGAUGCAUUGCAGUCAUUAAACACUUUGGAUCAAAACAAUGAGCAGAAUUUGAGAGAAGCAAUUGGACCAGAUGAUUUGUAUUCACCUUCUUUUGAUUAUUUAUCAUCUAGAGUUCUUCUCAUCUCAAGAGAUCGACCAGCGAUGUGGAGGUAUAUGUUCUAAGUUUUAUUUAUCUUAGGUAUAGUUUGUUAAGAUAUUUUGUAACUUAUUAUGCUUGAUGAUGCCCCUUCUAGUUUGAGGUUUUUGGUGUGUUCUCUACUGUAAUACAUUUUUUCAGUGUGGAGGAACUAUAUAAGAUUUCCCCUUAUAGCAA